CACCGACGGAAACUAAGGAAGCUUUUCCGCCAGUGCAUUCCAUUCGUAGUUUGCAAUAUUAGAUUUUUAAAAUGGCUAAAAAUGGCGAACCUGACUAUGAUCAACUCGGCGAUGAGGGUGAAUGCAAAGUCAAAAUUAUCUGCUUAGGGGAUAGUGCGGUUGGCAAGUCAAAAUUGGUUGAACGGUUCCUUAUGGAUGGAUAUAAACCUCAGCAGCUGUCUACAUACGCAUUAACACUGUUCAACUACAAAACAGAAGUUAAUGGUACCAAAGUCUUAGUAGAUUUCUGGGAUACGGCUGGUCAAGAGCGGUUCAACAACAUGCACCCCUCGUAUUAUCAUCAAGCUCAUGCAUGUAUACUGGUAUUUGAUACAACGAGAAAAGUCACAUACAAGAACAUGCCUCAGUGGCUGAAAGAGUUGCGGGAAUACAGGCCAGAGAUACCGUGUUUAUGUUGUGCUAAUAAAAUAGAUGUUGAUUAUAAUGUUACAAAGAAGAGUUUUGGUUUUGCCAAGAAACAUCGAAUGCCAUUUUACUUCGUAUCAGCAUCUGAUGGUACAAAUGUUGUAAAGAUGUUCACGGAUGCCAUACGAGCUGCAGUCGCAUACAAGAACGACAGCACGGACUUCAUGGAUGAGAUCAUGAGAGAACUGGAGCAUUUUGAGUUGGAGACGAAUUCAAAACGAUCCAACGGCAAGGCUGACAGUAGCUCCAGUUCACCUCGGGACGAUAAAAACGACACUAAAUCUUCGAAUGACAGCUGAGAAUUAUCACCCUUAGAUAAACUUGAUAUUUUUAUUUGUGAAUAUAUUUAUUGACGUUUUGUUUUGGCAAUUGUUACAGCCAUUGCAAUUGUUUUGUCUGCGAAUAGUUUAAGAUGGGGAAAAAGUUGAAGUGAUUAUUAAUAUUAUUAGAUAGAACAUGUUAGUUAAAUCAUAUGCGGCUCUGUUGCAAAAAUGGUUGGAACUUUCUAGGCAAUACAUAGCUGGUACUUUCAUUCCUCAACAACUCUUACAUAAAUUGAAGCUGGAAGUAGUGUAGUAGAGAUAUAAUGAAUCAUGGUUUGAGGAUGAUUUAACUCAAACUUUUUACAGCAAACUCAAUCGAUUUCAUUGCUUGAGAAAUGUGGCAGUACUUCCAAACCAACACUCCUACAGAGUGACUCCUAUAGAUCCAAAUUACAAACUUCUUUGUCGGGGAUACAGCAAACCACUACAAUCACGAACUGUGUACACGUAUGAGCCUUGUAUAGGGAAAGCUUUACUUAAUGUAUAUGUGUAAACCCUUUGCAUGCUGGGAUAUUUGUCGUCUGCUAAAAUGUCAUCUGCUGAAUUUCUUAAAUUAGCAUUGUCUUCGAUUUUUUUCAAAGAAUACUAUCAGAAUAGCAAACAGUUUGGAUCCUGAUGAGAGGCCACGUCCUGUGGGGUCUCAUCUGGAUCCAAACUGUUUGCAAAGGCCUUCAAAAUUCGGUUCCAGCACUGAAAGGGUUAAGUGUCAUCCCAGAUCAGGGACCACACUUUCUGAUUUGAUGGUAUUUUUUGUUUAAAGAAAGCAUCUUCUUAGCUUAACUCUUUCAGUGCGGGAACCGAAUUUUUAUGGCCUUUGCAAACAGUUUUGGUCCAGAUGAGACGCCACAGAACGUGGCGUCUCAUCUGGAUCCAAACUGUUUGCUAUUCGGAUGGUAUUCUUUGAAAAAAAUUGAAGAAAAUGCUAUUUUAGAAAUUGAGCAGAUGACAUUUUAGCAGAUGACAAAUUUCCCAGCAUGCAAAGGAAUAAAUCAAUAUAAGGAGGAUAGUGUUGUUCCAAAUUAAUUUUGGAUGACACUACGCUCAUGCACUUAUAAGCCCAGAUUUCUCAUUACAAGGAUCAUGUAAUAUUGCUGUUGCAUCAGUGUGGAAGCCUGUAUUCAAAAAGCUUUUGAUAGAUAACCUUAGUAGGAGCUAAGUAAACGUUUGUAAAUGUUGUCUCAUCUUGUUAUGUUUGUUAUGUAAUACUAAUUCAUGUGUUUGUAAUUAAUUAAAUAUUGGAGACACUGUCUUUACUAGAAUUAAAAAAAUACAGCACAUAUUAGAAGUUAAGCAAUAUGUUGAGAUACUUUUUUUAACAUGUGUUGACAUCUUUAUUUUUUACGACUAUGGACCUUGAAGUUUCUGCAAAGACAUUAACUGAGUCAAAUAUAUUAUAGAAGACAAAUGUUCUUAGAGCACCAUCUAUUUUUAAGCGUUCUGCUUUUGUAUUUGGCUAAUUGCACUUCAUUAGAGUAUUUUGAUAUUAUAUAUUGUUUAUCAGUAGAUUUUGCACAAGUCUUGCUACUGGGAGGAAUAUGUUGGGUUCAUAUAUAUUGUUAUUUAUUUAAUUAUACUGACAAUUAUUUGCUAUAUUUGAGACACAUUAAUUUCAUGUAUCGUUGAGAUUUACAAGAAGUCUUUAAUUUAAAAACUUAUCUUAUAGUAUAACAUAAAGUUGAAACUUCCAUAUUCAUAAUAGAAUUAUUAACAUUCUUAUAGUGGUUCUGCAUAGAAUGACAUCAUAUUUUUCUUAACAUAUGUGGUGUAAUGUACUUAUACUUGGUCAGGAAAUUACAGAAAAAAAUUCUCAGGGGUGUAUGAUUGAAUUGUCUUGUAUGCAAAUUACUUGCCUCAAUAGUUCUUAUGUGUCACCUAAAAAGGCUUUUGAACAUUUAAUAGUAUGAUUUCUUCUUUGUUUGUUGAAUUGAAAAAGAUUAAACGGAUGCUGAUUAUCAAAUUAUGGUUUCAAGAAUAGGCCAGUGUGUUGUUACUCAAUCAUAUAAGUAAAUGACCAUUCAAUUUCUCUAUAAAGCAGUGAUUCAAUAAACCACAUAUUUACUGGCUUGUUGAAAAACAAAAUGAGUAGCAAUCUGGGAAAAUGGGGCUUAAUGCAUGGGGCUAAAGUGUUGUCCAAAUUUAGCCAGUGUAGUCCGCACAUGCUUAUCAGAGUUGACACUUUCCGCUUUUUUGUUAUUAUCUGUUUAAAGGAACUCUCUUCUAGGUGAAAAUUCAGUAAUUGCAGAAAGUGCUGUCCCUUAUUUAGCUGUGCCUUAUGCACAGGCUAAUCUGGGACUACACUUUGUGCACAUGCAUUAAGCCCUGUUUUCCCAGUGUGUGGCUCAUUAUGCCGCUCAUGUGUUUAGAAGGUAGCCCAGAUUCCUACCUUAAAGGGUUAAAAUUAUAUGCAGUACUUGCUUGUUUACAUCUUGUUUUGAUCUGUGCUCUACUGGUGUUAUUUGAGUCAUGUUCUGGGUCAGCUGGGAUUAAUGCAUGUGUGUAAAGUGUCGUCCCAUAUUAGUCUGUGUGUAAUGCACUGCAGGGAAAACACUUUUUGUCUUGCUGGAGUUUUGUUUAGAAGAUACCUCCUAUCAAAGAAACAUAAAAUAAGAAUUAUAUGAAAGUGGAAAGUGUUUUCCCAGAUUCACCUGUAUGUUAUGCACAUGAAUAAUUCAAGCCCAAUGUUCACUGAACAAGGCUCAUUUAAUCUAAUGCCAUGAGAAGUUGUAAUGAUCAUGAUGGUACUUUAAAGCACUUGCAUGGAGUGUAAUUUCUCCAAGUCCUUGUGUGUUGAAAUGGUGGAUAUUUGUUCAAAAUAUGUUAUAUCAUUCAUUCAAAAUAUAAGUUAUAUCAUCAAAAUGUGGACACAAAUCUGACAUCUUAAUCUGUAAUAAUAUUGUUAACAAUAUUAGCAUGACUAAGUGCUUUAAUUAUUUACCUAUUUGUGUGCUUUAUUAAUUUUAAAAUGAUUCCAUAACUGUAUUUUGAAUGCUUUAUUUUCCAUAGAUUCCAUAUUAGUGUGUGCGACAUAUGACUAUUUCUCACCGUCAUAUUAUAGUGCCAAUAUAUAGAAGUUUUUUAUGUGUUUAUUUUUCUGGUCUUGAUGUUACACUUGUCUAAUUUGUGUUGCCAAAGUUUAAAUCUUCCUUCAGUAUGUAAUUGAUAGUUACUGUAGAUAUUCUGUGUAUGCAUAACGUUAAGCCUCGACUUCUAUGUUUUGUAUUAUUAAGGACUUACAUACCAAGCUUCAGUACCACAUGUACAACAAGGACUUACAUACCAAGCUGCAGUACCACAUGUACAACAAGGACUUACAUACCAAGCUGCAGUACCACAUGUACAACAUCUCAAAUAUGUUUCAAUUUGUUCAUGAGGUUCUUUUACUUUAUUGUAAAAAAUAAACACAACUAACCUGAUUUUCAUCUUUGUUAAAAUGAUGGCUGUCUUUUACAGUUGCCUAAAAGUAAGCCUUUAAAAUAAAGCAUUUUAAAGAGCUGUUUCCAUUUAUGUAAACAUUGGUUUAUUAAGUUAUAAAAAUGUUAAUGAGUAUGGUAUGCACACAUUUGCUUUGUUGUUUGUUACUUGUAAAUAUUGCUUCGUUUUUGUUGUAUCCACAUUGUAUAUAAUAAUACAUAAAUAUAUUGAUAAUAUAUCUUUAUAUUUCUAACUGUUAUAUAUUAACAGUGCUAUUCAAUUCUGGAGGAAAUGUAUGUUGUGUAUUUUUGACAGCUACUGUUUGGUAUUGACCUAAAAAAAAGUUCACCUUACAAAAUAUAUUUUUAGAAAGAACAUAAUAAAAUUGAUAUAAUUAUGUAUCAUGCAUUGCUAUUUAAAAUAUUUUUUACUGUACAAUUAUGUGUAUUAAAAGAUUAAGUUAAAUAUUCGUGAUAAUGAAAUAGAGUCAAAUGUGUUUGUAUAGUGAUGCACCAGGCAUUAAUAAAAACAAGAAUCAAAAUUGGUUAUUAAAAUCAUUAUUUAAAAUGCUUUUUUCUUCAAAUACUUGUAGAUUUACAUAUAGGAUUUAAUAUUGACAUAUGUUGUUAAGAUUUUGGCAGUUUAGGAUAGUUGUUUUUGAACCAAAGAUAAUUUUGAUUAUCCAGUUAUUUACACCGGUGAGGGGAAUUUUAGUUUAACAGUAUGAACUAGUCAUUCUUAUAUAAAAGCUGACUGGUUUAGAGGUACACUAGAUGUAGGUUUUUAAGUUAAAGAUAUGGUUGAACAUAUAUUAACCGAAACAUGGUGAAGAAUUCGAAUUUGUUAUGUUUUUAUACAUUAAACAUGCAUUCUUUUUUUCUGUCGAUAUUGUUGAUAAAUCCGUCUUCAAAGUAACACACUGAUGUGCAUACACUGGGCUGUAACCAUUUUAAUUUUAAAGCCAAUUUGAGAUAACCAUAAAAUUAUUGUAAAAAUAAUGUAUUGACCUGGAAACAACCAUGCUUUAAAUGACUAAUUUAGAUACCGGUAACGGUCUUUACAAUCUUUGUUUUCCACUUAAACAGAAUGUUGACCAUCAUUUGAAAUCGGCUUUAACACAUCUAAAAUAUAAAUUUUAAACAUAUUAAAUACAUGUAUUGUUAACUGCAAGGUAGUUUUAAGAGUAAUGAAGUAUCUCUAAGAAAUGAUUGAUGUUUAGCCAAGAAAUAGUCUUGUCUUGAUGUAGCCUUUGUAAGGAGAAACAUGGACUUUAUAACCAAGUUAUGAAUAAUGUAUGCCACAUGACUAGUGAACCCCUCAUAGCCCCUUUGUGGGGUUUUUCUCUUCAAUGUUGUUAUCAUAAUGCUUGAAUCUGUAAAUUAUAUAAUUUAUUACUAAUAGUGAAGGUUCAUUUACUAAAAUGUAUAUACACCCCCUCCUAAACUGAAGAUGUGGCAGCUAUAUACUGGAUUCCACAGGGACAUCUGUCUGUUAGUCCGUCUAUGAGUCUGUAGACACUUUAACUCUUUAACACUUUCAUAAAUAUUUUGACGCAUUUGUAGUCCCUUAGAAAGUUAAAUUUAAUUGAAGGCCUUUCUUACUAGAUUCAAAUGAUGAAAGCUGCAUUUCCAACCCUUAAAAACCGAUGAGCAGCAAACAGCAUAAAACCUGAAUAGACUGCGAGUUUGCACAUAGCCAUAUUCACUUUGCUUCUGAGUGGGAAAGGGUUAACUUUACCAACAAAGUACUCUUAGGCCUUUCAACACACUACCUUCAAACUUGCAUAGAUUGUUCCCUAUGUCAUGAUUCGUACAUGAUAUUGUUAAUAUCUUUCAUGAAAAGCUGUUAUGCGCCUUUAAUUAAGACAUUUUUUAUGUGAUUAUUACAACUUGUCACAUCAAGACAUGUAAAGACAUAUGGUGUUGGGGGUAUUUAUUACUACCGUACCAAGCUCUAGUUUUAUUAAUGAAUAUUCUUCCUUUAUAGCCAUAUGGUAAAGUUGUUUUAAUGUGACACAUUUUAGCAAAGCUGGCUUGUGUAGUUUGCAUCAUUCACUGUGGGACAUAGUCAGUUGUAGAGCAUCCAUAUGAGUCAAGGUUUUUAAUUUAGAGACUUUUGUUUGAUUCUUCAAUGCAAUGCUAUGAAAAUAAAUUUAAAAUCCC